AUGGCAUCCUUAGCGAGCCUUCUUCCUGGACACACCCUCGCAGUUUACUACAGUGAUGAUGUUGUGUGGCAUGAAAGACUAGUGCUAUGGCAGCUGAAGCCUGGUUUUUGGUUCAUCCUCACCCCUGAUCUAGAUCUCUAUGCUGAGGACUUGCGGAUGAUGGGGGGAGAUGGGCCUACUAAGGUAAAGCUGAAAGGUCAUGACUUUCGUUACUGGAGUAGAGUGGGUGGUGCCUCCUAUCGCUUUGCAGCCCCCCUUGACGGUGAAGAUCGACUGAAGGGCUACAUCCGGCAGGCUUUCCAAGAAGGCCUUCAGGCUCCAGACUUUGAUCGAGCGUGGAGGCCAGCCAACGUUGUCACCGUGCAGGGUGCUCUUUGUCCCCUUCAGGACUACUUAGGUGACUUGGACCCGGCGGCGCUUCGUCGUCGGAUCAAUGGGAAAGGUGGGGUUUUGCAGCACGCUGGCCAGCUACCCAGCGGGGUGGUUGUGAAGCCCAUCGAGCCACCCCCGGAGGACAAAAUUUGGUUGGCUAUGGAGAAGAUAGAUGAAUUCCAUUUUGGUCAAACUGUAGAGGUGAUUGAUGAUCGCAAUGGAUUGGUGAAAACUCGUAGUGGUUGGGUCAAGGUAGAGCUUGUUGACGUUGCUGCCUCCCCAGAGUUCUUGCAGAGCCGACGGCCGGCCGCAUUGAAGCCCACGACUUUGGGUGGAGCUGGAAGUGAUGAGCCUGCCGGUGACAGCGGCGGGGAUGCCAGGACGCUGUUUGUCGACUUCGAUGAGCAGAGCAUUCGCUACAAAGAGUGGCGCCAGGUUGUGCAUGAGUGUGUCGAUUACAGUUAUGAAGAUUGGCCCCACUCUGGACCAGCCACCGUGCAUCAUCUGUUGAAACACUUUCUCAAGUAUGGGGGGGACCCCAAGCAGUGGUUGGAACUUUGGUGCCGACAGAAGGGAAUUGCAGAUCAGGAUCGUGUCAAGCACGAGUUGAGGUGCCUGAUGGAAGUCUUUCACCUGGCGGGCACGUAUGACCAACUCAACCUCCCCGUGCUUGCCUCCAUGGAGACAGUGGCCAGGCGGGUCCAGUGCAUCGUGGAUGCCUAUUCGUUGGGGGGGCUCAUCCAAUCCAGACUGGGGCAAUGCGAAGCUGUUCACCGGAUAUGUUGGUCCAGACGAUUUGGUGAUGCCCCAACUGAAGACGUGGGCCGCCCGAAAGGGCAAGGAGGAGGUGGAGCUGUAUCAAGCAAGGAACCGCAUGAAAGAGCUCAAGAAGGCUACCUCGCCGUCAGAUGA